AAGAAAUCUUCACUGAUGUGAACAAAGGCGACGUUCCCGUUGUGAAUGUUAUCGCUGAUCGUGCGUCGUUUUUGCGCGCUCCAGCACUGGCAGGUACAAGAUUCCAACUGCUUAGUGGUGCUUACAACUUUCAGACUACAUAUGAUGACUUUAUUAACCGUGCAAAACUCUUACAGUCAAACUUUACUUCUUCACUUCAGGUCUAGAAUCUUCUUUGAAGGCGGCCCACCCCAGUGAAUCGGCCAUGAUGAUCAAGGCUACCCUAUCCGACGCACUCCAGGCGGCUGC